GUAUGUACUCGUGAUUUUGCUUUUGCUAGUGCCAAGCACUUGGGCAAGAUUACCACCAGGAAUGAAUUGUCCUGGGGUAGGAGCUUGCGGAAGCAUGUCACCUCCCGGCGGCCAUGGCUGAUCGAUCAUCUACAAAAUACUAUUGCGGAAGCUUGAAGAUGAUCGCAACCUCCAUUUCAAAUUUGUGCGGAAAUGUUCAUUUUGUAAUUGCACUUCAGGCAACCGAAAUAAAGAAAUAUCACUUCACCAACUAGACUGCACCUUGUCUUUUAAGUUAUGCUGGAGGGCUAGUGGUGACUGAGUAGAGC